GCCUUCUUCCUCCUCUCAUACUCGUAGCAUCUCCAUUCCUGCAAUAUCAAUCAGAAUAAAGCAUGUCGAAAGACAUUGGUGUUCUUGUGUGUCUCUCGAUCAUGGUUUUGGACAUUUCUGCUGGAGUAAUCGGAAUUGAAGCUGAAAUAGCUCAGAACAAGGUGAAGCAUCCUACCCAAUUGGUAGUUGAGUGUACAAUCCCAAGUUUUAAAGCCUUCAAGUUAGGAUUAGCUGCAACUAUUCUCCUUGGCCUUGCCCAUGUUAUUGCUAACGUUCUUGGUGGGUGUAUUUGCAUUGGGUCCAAGGCUGAUUUACCCACUGCUAACAGGCAAUUAGCUAUUUCUUCCCUCAUUUUCUCAUGGAUAAUCUUGGCAAUUGGGUUGACGAUGCUGAUAAUAGGAACUCUGGCAAACUCAAAGUCAAGGAAAUAUUGUGCUACACCGCACCAUCGUCUUUUCACAAUUGGAGGCAUUCUGUGUUUCAUUCAUGGACUCUUCGCUGUUGCCUAUUACGUUUCUGCAAAAGCCACAGCCAAAGAAGAGAGACAGAAUCGCCGUGGAAGCCAGGCUUGAAUUUCUUAAGAUUUGUAAUAGAUCUUGCAACUAAGA